AUUUGGGUCAAAGUAGAGCUACCGGGCAACCACAUCUUGACUGACUACUACAAACAAAAUCUUUUCCCAAUAUGUCGAAACUCAAUGUGAACAUUACGACUUUGUUUGUCGCCCUUCUUCUGGCGACCGUGACAUGGGCCCAGAAUCCUAGGAAGACUCUAAAACCACCGAAACCCUCCAAGGGCCAGUGCUGCGACGAGGUUCGUUCCCUUAAGGUCCAAGUGGCCAAUCUGACCAGCCUUGUCGGGGAGCUGACUCGCAAGCAGGAAGCCGACCUGAGAAGCGUGGUGAGGCAAAUCAUGGAUCUGGACAAGCAGAACCGGCAACAGGAAGCCCGGGUCACCGAGGCUGAGAGCAAGUACUCUGAAAUUAAUAACCGCGUUGAGAUCAUGCAGCUUCAGACUCUGCAGUCAGCGCCUCAGACGACAUCGGAUGCUAUAUACGACUGUGCAUCGCUCUACAGCAAAAGCUAUAAGAUAUCCGGCGAGUACAAACUGCCAAAAGAUGAGUUUCUGGGAACGCCUGAGUUGAGCGUGUUCUGCGACAUGGACACAAAUGGAGGCGGCUGGACUCUGAUCCAGAGACGUAAAGUGGGCUUGACGUCAUUUAACCGUGACUGGAAGCAGUACAAAAGCGGCUUUGGAUCCAUCCGUGGAGACUUCUGGCUUGGCAAUGACCACAUAUUCCGUCUAACAAGGCGGCCCACUGUGCUCAGGAUUGAGAUGGAGGACUGGGAAGGAGAAAGCCGUUAUGCCGAGUACGGCUUUUUCACCGUGGCCAAUGAGCUCAACAGCUACAAGCUCUUCCUUGCCCACUACAGCGGGAAUGCCGGAGAUUCCCUGCGCUACCACAACAACACCAACUUCAGCACACUCAACAAGGACAAUGACAAGUGUGUUGACGACUGCGCUUCUUUGCGUAAAGGUGGUUACUGGUACAACUGCUGCACCGACUCCAACCUGAAUGGCAUUUUCUACCGCUAUGGUGAGCACGUGAAGAGCACAGAUGGGAUCACUUGGUACGGAUGGCAUGGUCCCAACUACUCCCUGAAAAAGGUGGAGAUGAAGAUCCGGCCGGUGGGUUUCCAGCCUUAAGUUCUACAGCUCUAUAUCCCGGAUGCCAUGAUGAGGCUUUCCCUUGGCAGCCAAAGGAAAGCCUGAUUAAGUUUGAUGUUUUUCCAUUUGUACUAUGUUUAAUUGUACAUUUUUUAUGUGUGUUUGUUUAGUCUAUUUAUCAGUAAAAUAUUUCAUUUCUUGAAAUAUAAGUAGCAAUAAUUGGAAUGGGACCAUAUAUUAUUGAAUUACGCCAACAUUGUACUGUUAUUACACUAACCGUUGGUUGCCAUUGUUGUAAAAUGUGUACAGAUGUGUUUUUAUACGUGACA